AUGGCAAGGCGUGGGCAUGCCAGGAGCCAUCUGUCGCCAGAGAAAGAUGAGGAUGAGGAGGCCGAAGACCCGCUGGAUGCCAUGAUCGCACGCACGGGCUGCAUGGCUCAGCACCGGGAGCUGCAGGAGUGCAUGACGGCCAGCCAGGUCCGGGCUUUUGGCGAGUGCAUGGCCCGGCAGCAACGCGCCAAGGAGCCGCACCAGGCGUCCAGCUCACACCAAGCCCAAUCCUCGCCCGCUGGGGACUGA